GGAAUAAGACCAGCAGAUCGCUUUUCAGCAGCCAAUAGCGAAAUACAGGGCGUCCAAAUGUGACGACGCAUCCGGGCGGUAGCCGGCGGGUUCCAGAGAAAGUUGUGCACUUUACCACUGGUAAAUCCCCUGCAAUUGCAUUUAGUGAACUGAUUGCAAUUUCAGGCGCCGUCAUGGUAUUCGACGUUAGGAGACUUGAUAUCUACAGGAAAGUUCCAAAAGACCUUACUCAGCCCACAUACACAGGAGCUGUCAUUUCCAUUUGCUGCUGCAUGUUCAUGCUGUUCCUUUUCUUGUCAGAACUGACUGGGUUCAUUGCCACUGAAAUAGUGAAUGAAUUAUACGUGGAUGAUCCUGACAAAGAUAGUGGAGGAAAAAUUGAAGUAAAUCUAAAUAUCACCUUACCUAACCUUUCAUGUGAUGUUGUUGGAUUAGACAUCCAAGAUGAAAUGGGAAGACAUGAAGUUGGCCAUAUUGAAAACUCCAUGAAAUCACCUCUAAAUAAUGGCCAGGGCUGCACGUUUGAAGGACAAUUUAGCAUAAAUAAGGUACCAGGCAAUUUCCACAUAUCUACGCACAGUGCAACUGCACAACCAGAUAAUCCAGAUAUGACUCAUGUAAUUAACAAACUGACAUUCGGAGAAAUGAUAGAGGUUAAAAAUGUUCAAGGUGCUUUCAAUGCUGUAGGCGGAGCAAGUAAACUUGCUUCAAACCCAGCUCUUGCCUCGCAUGACUAUGUUUUGAAGAUAGUCCCCACUGUCUAUGAAGAUUUAAAGGAAAAGCAGCGUUAUUCCUAUCAGUACACAGUGGCACAAAAGGAAUAUGUUGCAUACAGCCACACAGGGCGAAUUAUCCCUGCCAUCUGGUUCCGAUAUGACCUCAGCCCAAUCACUGUAAAAUAUGUUGAACGGAAACAACCUCUAUACAGGUUUAUUACAACAAUCUGUGCGAUAAUUGGAGGAACAUUCACAGUUGCUGGGAUCAUAGACUCCUGCAUUUUUACAGCAUCAGAAGCUUGGAAGAAGAUACAGCUGGGCAAAAUUCACUAGCAGUAACAUAUACAAUUACUGAGCCAACCCAGUUUGCCAGUAACUGGUUUAAAAUAAAUUUGCAUCAUUUUUUUAAUUUAUGUCCGUCCAUCAGCCAAGGUCAUUCUAAGUUAGUUAGAUCUUGGGCAAUUCUGUUUUGUACAAGUGGUCAUCAGGAACUGAAAAAAUGUUAUAACUGAGUUAGAAAAUCUAACGAUCAAUCUGCACUUCUCUCUUUACUAAUAUUAAAUUAUAUUCUGAAUGAAACGGAUGGCAUGAUUGAAGAAAGACUUAAGCUGAGAAUUAUUUGUGAAAUGCAGAUAUAUUGUUCAUUCUGGCUUAAGUCAAGAACCUAACACUGGACAAUGAAUAACCACCAGUUUUUUAAAAUGUUUUUAUGCUACUUUAAUUAAAAUUGGGUAUACGUAGAAAUGUUUAUAGUUUAUUUUAACAAAGCUCAACAUAUUUGCUAUCAGUUGACUCUGUCUUUAUAUUUCUGAUGAUCGCCAAUCAAAAAAAAGUGUAGUGUCGUGGAAAUGAUCGGUUAUAAAUUCCUGAAUUAUUGAAUUGUAAUAAAAUAUCUGAAACUGUUA